UAUAAUCUGUGGUAUCGAUUCGAAAUUUUCGAAUGUCGUCUUUACAUAUUCCUUUUGAGUGACCAAAUUAUUUUGCCUCUUUUUCAACUAUAAUGGCAUCGAAAUCACUUGCAGCUCCAUUUAAACGCUAUUUUGCGAAAAGGGGAUACGCACAGGCAGUGCCUGCUGUGAAAAAGGAUGUGCGAGUUCAAGCAACUGUGCUUCCUAACAAGACAUUAGUAGCAGCCUUGGAUAAUGGUUCUCCAGUCACUCGUGUUACAAUAGCAUUUAAGGCGGGAUCUAGAUACGAGCCACAAACUGAACUGGGCAUCUCCCAUGUCCUGCGCACUGCAGCAGGACUUACGACCAAGAAUGCUAGUGUCUUUUUGAUAGCACGAAAAUUGGCACAAAUUGGUGCUACUGUUAGUGCUUCUGGAGACCGGGAGUUUGUCUAUUACACUCUCGAGGCCACUCAAGAUAAUCUUCCUGAAGCCCUGGCUUAUCUGAAUAAUGUUGUGUCAAACCAAGAGUUCAGACCAUGGGAACUUAGUGAGAUUACUCCUCGUCAGAAAUAUGAGAUUGCUUCUCUCCCACCACAAGUUCGUGCCAUAGAUCUUUUGCACAAAGCAGCAUUCCGCCGUGGUCUUGGUAAUUCCCUUUUCAUUUCACCAAAGAGAAUUGGCAAAGUCUCCUCUGAGUCUCUACAACACUAUGCCAGCACAACAUUGACUCCUGGUCGCUGUGCUGUAAUUGUUGUUGGUGAUAGCCAGGAGAAAGCUACAUUGGUUGCCCAAAACCUACAACUCCCAACUUCUGGUGAUGCUCAGACUGAAGCAUCAACAUACUAUGGUGGUGAACUUAGGAAAGAAAUUGGUGGUGAUUUGGCGCAUUUAGCAAUUGCAGUCCAAGGAGCUCCAGCUGGUUCUCCCCAAAGUUUGGCAUUGGCUGUUGCUGCAAGAGCCUUUGGCAAUGGUCCUGUUACUAAAUGGGGUGCUGAUAACUCCCCUCUUGCCAAAGCCGUUGGUAAUAUUGGCCCAUUCGCUGCUGCCGGUUUCAAUGUUUCAUACUCCGACAAUGGUCUUUUCGGCGUCGUGCUCUCCGUGCCAAAAGACGAAGCUAACGUUGCCGCAAAAGCAGUCGCCAAAUUGAUCAAAUCUUCAUCUUUGAGUGGUGAUGCUAUUCAAGCUGGUAAAAACCAACUUAAACUUCAAAUUCUGAGUGAAGCAGAAACGGGAACUUCUCUAGCCGAGAACCUCGCCGCUCAAGGCCUUUACACUGGAAAUGUAAAAUCACCAGCUGAUUUGGCUAAAGAAGUUGAUAAUAUUUCAAACAGCGAUGUUUCCCAGGUUCUUGCUAAUGCAGCGAAAUCAAAAAUAUCUGUGGGCGCCGCAGGAAACCUUGCAUUUGUUCCAUAUGCUGAUGAACUUUAAAUUAUUACCUACCUUUAAAUGUUAAUCAGAUGAUACAAAAAAUCUAAUGUAUUAGUACAUGUUGUAAUUUAUUAUUGAAUUAAAUGAUUCUGUUUUAUAUAAAACUAUUAUUCUGUGGUGAUUCUAACAGAUAAGUACUAAAAAGAUGUCCUUCAUUUGAGAGCUGUUUAUAAGUCCAUACAGAUGAUCCAUUAUUACCCUAGUAGCAAUUCUUAAGUACCCAUUAAUUUUUAAUAUUUGAAGUAUAAUU